AUGUCAUCUAAUUUACUGGAUUUGUUUUCAAUCUCUCAAAAUUUCGAUCCAUUAACAAUUACUCAAAAUAUGGAUAUUUUAUCAUUUUCCCAAAAUAUGGAGGUUUUAACUAAAGCAAAUUUUGAGGUCAACAAAAUUAUUAUUAAAAUGGCUAGGUAUUUUUUGAUAUUUAAUUUUAAAUUUUUUUAAUAAAUUUGUUACCCCAUUCAAAGAAAUUUUUAAUCCUGGCAGACUUUGUUAUUUUCUUUCUUUUUUUCAGAAUAGAGGAGGGGUUUUAGUGUUAUUAGAGAAUAGAUCUUGGCCGUGGCAAUUUUCAAUUAUAAGCAAAUCAGAGUCCAUACAUUUUUUGUCUUCCUUUAAGUUUACC